CGGGGAACACGGAAGCUCCGCCCACGGGCCUUUGUGCGCAGGCUCUUCCGCCCCCUGACGCGAGGGUGGUAGGGAGGUUUCAGGUGUUGCCAUGGAGGACGCUGCAAAGCUGGGGCAGGCGGAGGAGGUCCCCGAAAACCGAAGAAUUCAGCCGGCGACCGGUCGGGGAGGAGCCCUGGUGGAGCGCACCUCGACCCCCGGCGGCCUGGCCCUGGUGAGCCCCUACCGCACCCACCGGGCCGGGGACCCCUUAGACCUCGUGGCGCUCGCAGAGCAGGUGCAGAAGGCUGAUGAAUUCAUCCGAGCAAAUGCCACCAACAAACUGAUGGUCAUAGCUGAGCAAAUCCAACAUUUACAAGAACAAGCCAGGAAGGUAUUGGAAGAUGCUCACAGAGACGCUGACUUGCACCACAUAGCUUGUAAUAUAGUAAAAAAACCUGGCAACAUUUACUACCUUUAUAAACGGGGGAGUGGUCAGCAGUAUUUUUCUAUUAUUUCUCCAAAGGAAUGGGGGACAGGUUGUCCACAUGACUUCCUUGGUGCCUACAAGCUACAGCAUGACUUGUCCUGGACUCCAUAUGAGGACAUUGAGAAGCACGAUGCCCAAAUCCACAUAGUGAACAAGUUGCUAAGCCAGCCUGCGGCCCUGCUUCCAAGCACUGAACCCACCUUCCAGGGACUGACUGAGAGUGGACACUCAUAAUAGCUCUCACAGCAAGGACCUGUCACCUCUUUGUUGCCCUCAUUCUCUGCCUUGAUGGGAGGUGGCACGAGAAUUGAGGUAUUGUGGAUGAAUCAUGAACUUCUUGAAUAAAGACCCUGUGUGGGGUGCCUGGGUGGCUCAAUUGGUUAAA